UUUUAGCAGUCUCCCUGUUCUGCAAUGUUUGCUCUUCUGCAGUGGGUUGAGGCAAUACUGUCCAAAUGAAUUUGAACAUGAAAUCACCUUGUUUGCAGUUUUUGAUACCUGAUAUUUGAAUUUGGAUAAAACUUUCUGUGGCUAUUAAAUACAACAAUAUCAAUGGUACCCCGGUGCAAAUAUUAAGAUCCAUUUCAAUAAACAAAUAGGUAGCAAAAGAAACCACAUUUUGCAAGUCUACCAGAAAGGGAUGAGGGACAGAGAGUCGUAAUAAUUUAGCUGAUCCUUUAUUGCCUUCCUUCCUCGGGCCUCCAUAAUCUCCGCCCACUUGUGGCAUCGGCUUCUGAGAACAAAACCACUGAAAGUUCAUUGGACAAAACAGUUGCUAGCCGGUGACGGUUUUUCACAGUUUACACAGUUCACAAUCUAGGAAGUGAACUUCACUAAGGAACGAACUGCAGGGUGCCCGAAAACGAGCGAAGAACAUAGGUGAUGUUUCCACUCGGUUUCUUGUUCCUGCUAUAUACAGCAGUAGAGGGAGCUACCUCACCCAUCUCCUGCUAUAAUGACCAAGGGCACUCCGUGGAUUGGUUGUAUUUGUACAAACUCCCUCACCAAAAGCACAAACAAGAUGAAGGGCUGAAGUACCUGCUGAUGGAUGGAGGAAGUGAGGGAUGGACAGAGGGAAGCGGGCUGGUGAAUGACAGUGCAGGAGCUCUGGGGAGGACAGUAGGACAGCUGUAUGAGCAGAAGGGCGGUGAAAUUGCCUACAUCCUGUACAACGACCAGAAGCCCCAGGGUAGGGGAAAAAAGGGAACUAAUGAGGACAGCAGUAGAGGAGGUCAUACUAAAGGUGUUGUACUGGUGGGUAAGACACAGGGCUUUUGGUUGGUCCACAGCACACCUCAUUUCCCCCCUGUCAAGGAAGGAGGAGAAUUUUCAUAUCCACACUCAGGGAUCACGAAUGGACAGAACUUUCUCUGUGUCACGUACCCAUUGGAGAUGUUCAAGAUUAUUGGCGAGCAGCUGCAGAUCAAUGAGCCUCAUGUCUACGACUGCAACGUGCCCGAUUCUCUGGCCUCCGUCCUGCCGUCCAUGGCCGAGGUCUGUAGGAGCGCCAGAGGCCGGGAGAGAAACGUCAGUCUCUCUCACUCCGCCCAUUUCUCUUCCCACGAAUCCAAUCGCAGCGUCUCCCUCACCUCGUUGGCUGGGACCAACUUCAUCAGCUUCGCCAAGGGUGCAUCUUUUGGAAAUGACCUGUACCACUCCUGGGUGGCCCCAGCUCUCCAGUCAGACCUGCUGGUCCAGUUCUGGCGCCUGUCAGAAGGGAUUCUUCCCUCAGACUGCUCCGCUAACUGGAAGGUCCUGGACAUCAAAACCAUCUCGCUCGGGGAAACGACCACAUUCCAUACCACCCUGGACCACUCCAAGUGGGCGGUCAGCACGGGCCGUGGGGCCCAGGACGAGGCAGGGGGCUGGAUUUGUGUGGGUGACAUCAACAGAAACAAGGCAGAGGAGAAGAGAGGGGGCGGGACCGUGUGCCAGAGGGACGCCACAGUGUGGAAGGCCUACAGGAAUGCGGUGCAGGAGUGGUACCCCUGUGAUUGAGUGGUAGGCUGUGAUGCAGAGCAAGGGGAGGAGUUAAUCAAUGCAUAUUAAUCAAUGCAUAUAAUACUUACAGGCUUCCUGCAUAAGACUGGAUGUGGUCGAUAAUGCAGUAAAACAGCUACGUGCCAGGGAAUAAUGUAAUGGGUACGAAUGUUUACAAAUUUGUUUUAUAUUGGUGUUUUUAAAAUUCAGUACUACCAGUGAGAUAACUCAUGCAUGCUACAAUAAUAGAGUACAUUCACUGAGCAUUUGAUUGCAUUACUAACACAUUUUGAAAUCCUCAAAGAAGUCACAAAAUAUUUUAUCAAAGUAACACGUUAUUUUAGUAAAUCCUGGUAAAACAAGCCAAUUCUGUCAUGUUUAAAAGCUCCUGCAAAGUUUGUUGCCCUAAAGGAAAUAAUAUGGAUUAUCUGACACGAUCAUUACAUGUACUGACUUCUUCUGAAGCAGAAACAAAAGAUUCAGUCUGAACAGGAUUCCCAGUUCAGCCAACUAAAUUCUGUGGAUUUAGAAGUCAAAGGGGUGGGUUGUAACUGCAUCCAUUCUUUUUGCUGUUUACGGAUAAUUUUAUAUGUAUAGCUGUGUAAAGAUAAGUUAUUUGUCCUUUUUGUUACAACACAACUGUUUAUUAGGUUUACAAAUGAUUGGUUAUAAAUGGGCCCUUGUACCUUCUUGGUGAUAUCGCACUUUCGUAUUCCUGAGACUAAGACUGAUGUUCUCCACUCCUGUAAGUUACUCAGGAUAAGACCAUCUCCUAAGUGAUUGUAA